UGUAGCCUGUGAAGAGAAACGUCAUUUCAAAUGCAUGAAAAUAACAAAGAUGGCCGAAGAACAGGAGGUGAUUCAGAUAGAGCUUCUGUGUAAGCAGCUGUAUGAGUCCCAGGAUCCGUCCAUACGGGACCAGGCUGAGGUGGCUGUGGUCAGGUUCCAGGAGUCCCCGGACACUCUGAGCAAGUGCCAGGUGCUGCUGGAGCGGUCCAACUCCAGCUACUCGCAGCUGCUGGCCGCCACCACACUCGCCAAGCUCAUCAGCAGAUCAACCAACAGCUUCACAGUACAGCAGCGACUGGACAUACGGAACUAUGUGCUCAACUACCUCGCCACCCGGCCCAAGCUCGCCAACUUUGUUGUUCAGGCGCUGGUGUCCCUGUUCGCCCGCAUCACCAAGCUGGGCUGGUUCGACACGGUGAAGGAGGAGUAUGUGUUCCACAACGUCAUGGGGGACGUGUCGAAAUUCAUGCAGGGUCCGGCAGAGUUGGGAACAAUAGGCGUGCAGUUGCUCUCGCAGCUGAUCAUGGAGAUGAACCAGAUCUCGGAUGCUGACGCCGGCCGCUCCAUCACCAAGCACAGGAAGAUUGCCUCCUCGUUCAGAGACACGCAGCUGUUCGAGAUGUUCCGGCUGGCGUGCUCGCUGCUGGGCACGGCGCGGAGCGAGGGGCUGAGCGAGGCGCGCGGCGAGUCGCACGCGCUGCUGGCGGCGCUGCUGCGGCUGGCGCACAACUGUCUCACCUUCGACUUCAUCGGCACCACCAGCGACGAGUCCUCGGACGACCUCUGCACUGUACAGAUCCCAACGUCCUGGCGACCGACGUUCCUGGAGGCCGGCACGCUGGAGCUGUUCUUCGAGCUGUACCACAGCGUGCAGGGCACCAGCGGCAGCCUGGCGCUGGCGUGCCUGGUGCAGGUGGCGUCCGUGCGCCGCUCGCUGUUCAGCAACACGGAGCGCUCCAAAUUCCUCUCGCGCCUCUGCGCCGGCAUCAUGAGGAUACUGGAGGACACGCAGGGUCUUUCUGAUCCCACAAACUACCACGAGUUCUGUCGUCUGAUGGCGCGCCUUAAGUCUAACUACCAGCUCGGGGAGUUAGUGAUGGUGGAGGGAUAUCCUCGGCUCAUCGAGCUGAUUGCCAAGUUCACUGUGCAGAGUUUACAGAUGUGGCAAUUCGCACCGAACUCCGUACACUACCUGCUGUCGCUAUGGCAACGCAUGGUCGCGUCCGUGCCGUACGUGAAGGCGUCCGAGCCGCACUUGCUGGACGUGUACGCGCCGGGCGUGACCGCCGCCUACGUCACCUCCAGGCUGGACUCCAUCGCUGUGAUCGUGAGGGAAGGGCUGGAAGACCCGUUGGAGGAGGUGGGCACGCUGCAGCAGCAGCUGGAGCAGGUGUCGGUGAUCGGGCGCUGCGAGUACGGCAAGACCUGCCAGCUGCUGGUGGCGCACUUCGACCGCGCCGCCGCCAGCUACAGCGUCGAGACCAACCCGCAGCAGUUGCUGCAGCUGCAAGGCCAACUGACGUGGUUGGUGUACAUAAUCGGCGCGGCGAUACUGGGCCGCGCGUCCUACAACACGAGCGAGGAGAACGACGCCAUGGACGGCGAGCUGGUCUGCAGGGUGCUGCAGCUGAUGGACCUCACCGACUCCAGGCUGGCCACCGGUGGUUGCGAGAAGCUGGAGCUGGCCAUGAUGUCGUUCUUCGAGGCGUUCCGCAAGAUCUACGUGGGCGAGCAGGUGCUGAAGAACAGCAAGGUGUACCGCCGCCUCAGCGAGGUGUUCGGCUUCAACGACGAGAGCCAGCUGCUCAGCGUCAUCAUGAGGAAGAUUAUAACAAACCUGAAGUACUGGGGCGGGUCGGAGGCCAUCAUAUCGAAGACCCUGGGCCUGCUGAGCGAGCUGAGCGGCGGCUACUCCUGCGUCAGGAAGCUGGUCAAGCUGGAGGAGGUGCACAUCAUGUUGACACACCACACGGCUGAACACUUCCCGUUCCUCGGCAUGAGCGCCAACACGGUGGAGAUGCGCUGCCGCAGCAUGCUGUACACGGCGCUCGGCCGGCUGCUGAUGGUGGAGCUGGGCGAGGACGAGGAGCGGUUCCACGCCUUCAUGAUGCCGCUCACAGCCGCCUUCGAAAGUCUAAUCAGCUCGGGAAUACUGAACAAUGCGGAAAGUCCCAUGUUCGCUUCCGAGGAGGCGAAGAAGACGCUCAUAGGGCUCGCGCGGGACCUGCGCGGCCUCGCGUUCGCGUUCAACACAAAGACAACGUAUAUGAUGCUAUUUGAUUGGAUUUACCCGGUGUACAUGAAGGUGUUGCUGCGCGGCCUCGAGCUGUGGUACUCGGAGCCGGCGGUGAGCACGCCGGUGCUGAAGCUGACGGCCGAGCUGGCGCAGAACCGCAACCAGCGGCUGCAGUUCGACGUCAGCUCGCCCAACGGCAUCCUGCUGUUCAGGGAGCUGUCCAACACCAUCUGCGCUUACGGCAGCAGAAACCUGACCAUAGACGUGAACAAGAAGCAAAUGUACACGAUGAAGUUGAAGGGCAUAUCGCUCUGCUUCUCCAUACUGAAGGCCGCGCUCUGCGGGAACUACGCCAACUUCGGGGUCUUCAGAUUGUAUGGAGACGAGACUUUGGACAACGCUCUCAACAUGUUCGUCAAAUUGCUGCUCAGUAUACCUCAAGGAGACUUGUUGGAUUAUCCGAAACUAUCACAAAACUACUACGUACUGCUGGAGAGGCUCGCACAAGACCACAUGCCGUACGUUGCGUCCCUGCAAGCCGACGCCACACUCUACAUACUGUCUUCGAUAUCCGAGGGGCUGACUGCUUUGGACACGAGCGUAUGUACGGGAUGCUGCGCCACGUUGGAUCACAUAGUCACGUUCCUAUUCAAGCAGCUUGUACAAAAAUCAAGUAAUAAGGUGCCGAACCCACGCCAGCCGAUACCAGAGACCAGCAACAUGUUCGUCGAGGUACUGCAGAGGCGGCCGGAGAUCAUGCAGCAGCUGCUGGCCACGGUGCUGAACCUGAUAAUGUUCGAGGAGUGCUGCAACCAGUGGUCCAUGUCGCGGCCGCUGCUGGGGCUGGUGCUGCUCAACGAGGAGCACUUCGCCCGCCUGCGCGCCGACAUGAUCGCGCAGCAGCCGCGCGACAAGCAGCCGCAGCUGGCGCAGUGGUUCACCGGCCUCAUGGCGGGCAUCGAGCGGAACCUGCUCACCAAGAACAGGGACAGGUUCACACAAAACCUGUCCAUGUUCCGACGGGACAUCAACGACCUGCUCAAGGGCAGCCCGGGCUACUCCAGCAACGUCAACGACAUGAUGACGUCAUAACCGACACAGCCGCGCUGAGUCACUCACACACACACACACACACACACACACUAUGUCUGUGACGUAAGAUAUUAUGUUCCCGUUAGUUUUAAUAUGUGGCUGUAUGAUUUGAGCAAUUUAAGACGUAGCUCUUGCGUAUAAACACCCCCCGAGUCAGAUGAAAUCGGUCGCAAUCUCAGACCAACUAUAGAAGGACCUGUAUCGCACUCACAGUCACGAACAAAACUGUCUGUCAUUUUCUGAAGAAAACGAGCUUAGAUUUGUGUUUUAUACUAAAGUACGUUUUUUGCCCGUUUUUUACACAACUCGAUUGCACAAAAAGGUAUUUUUACGGAGCUCUUUAACCGACGAACACGAUUACAACUAUUAAAGAUCGAUUCUAUAGGGACAGUUUUUGUAAUCACAUUAGAUCGUUGAUCAUAUACUUUGACAGAAAAGUAAUGUCUAGCGAGGCAGGUCCUAUAUAAUUGGUCUGAGGUUGCAAUAUUUAUGCAAUGCAAGAUUUUAGGUAUCACCGGUUACGUAGGAGCGCGGCGGUGGUGCAUCACCCCGCAUUUAGCGUACGUUAUGUAGAGACUCCUACAAGGAGAGAUUAGGCGUAAAACCAAAAUGGAAACAUACUCCGUCGACUCUGGGCUGCUCUAAAAAUCUAUCUAUUUACGCGUCUAUUUACAAAAAUGUAAUUUUUUUGGCCAAGAAAAUUUUUGCCCUGCUCAUGAUUUUGAUCAAUUUUCAGGGUCCUCGACCAAUGCUACGGAACCAACAAAUUUAAAAUUCACAGUCUCUGUCACAUGAUGUGUUUUAUUUUCGCUGAUGUGUCUAUCUUGGUAUGAGACUGCAUUAUUCUCGGGUUUGUUAUACAUUGGGUUUGGAAUAUAGUCUCGCUUUUGUAAGUCUCGCAGUCUCGGGAUUGUAAUAUAGUCUCGGGUUUGGUGUACAUUCUCUGGUUUGUGAUAUAGUGUGGGUUUUGUAAUACAGUCUCGGAGUUGUAAUACAUUCUUAGUUUGGGAAUAUAGUCCCUGUUGUGUAAUACAAUCUCAGGCUUGUUAAAUUAUUCUCGGGUUUGUGAUACAGUCUCGAGAUUAUAAUAUAGUCUCGGUUUUGUGAUACAGACUCGGGUUAGUAAAAAGUCUCGGGUUUGUAAUAUAGACUCAGAUUUGUAAUACAUUCUUGGACUUGUAAAACAGUCUCGGGUUUGUAAUAUAGUCUGGAUUGUAAUAUAGUCUGGAUUGUAAUAUCGUCUGUAUUGUAAUAUAGUCUGUAUUGUAAUAUAGUCUGGAUUGCAAUAUAGUCUGGAUUGCAAUAUAGUCUGGAUUGUAAUAUAGUCUGUAUUGUAAUAUAGUCUGGAUUAUAAUAUAGUCUGGAUUGUAGUAUAGUCUGUAUUGUAAUAUAGUCUGGAUUUUAAGUAGUCUCGGGGGUUGAAAACGAGAAUUUAAACUCAUCAUGCGUACGUAGCUUUUCAGAAUGCAUGUAAAGAAAUCUUUAUAUUGAUGAAAUUCCAAUAUUAUAGACUAAAGUUACACAAAAUGUCUGUUUGUUUAUUAUAAAUAUUAUGUCGACUCUAGGAUUAAGUAUGUUUAUUUUGAAUUCCUAUUACAAGGUAAUGACUGUUAUUUUUUUUAAUUGUAAGAAAUUUUUUUAGAAACUAAAUUGUGAAUUACGCUAUUAGAAAUCGUUAAUAAAAAGUCAUAAGCAAGCAUU